AUGGAUCCAGCUAUCGCCGCCCAGCUUGUUGAAAAAGCCCGCAGCUACGGUCUUCAUUCUUGCGACUACUGCCAAGCAGUUUUUAUUGACCUCACCUCUCUGGCCCUGUCGAGUGGGGAAGCUGAUGAUCACGGAAGCCGGGAUGUUAAUGAGCUGCAAUCGGGAAUGUGGGACGGAUCCCUCUCUAGUGCGAUGAGGUUUUGUAAAUUUCAGUUCUCUCAAAACAUCAUCGCUGAGGCCCAAUUUAAAUGUCCCUUAUUCGAGAUAGAGUUGCCCGUUAACCAAGGAGAUUUGGAAUUGCGCUAUUUUACCGUCGGCUUUAACCCGAUCCAUUAUGAGAUAUCACUUGCGAAUAUAAGGCUCGACAUUAGGCUUCCGAAAGUUUCCAUCAAAGAUUUAAUGUCGUUGGUCCCAGAUCUAGGAACGACUGGAGUACCGAUUCAUCCUUGUAUCAGAUCUGACAAGACAUUUUCUCGUGCUCAAGAAUUGAUAACCAAAUGUUUGAGUGAGCAUGAGAAAUGCAAGAAGACCGGAUCAGCCCCAUCGCGUUUACUUGAUGUUACCUUUAGCAGGACAAGACUGGUCAACACAAAAUUCAUGAAAGAUCUAGUCUGGGUGGCCUUGUCGUACUGUUGGGGCGGUCCACAACAUUCCCAAACAACAUAUCUCAAUCUACAAGACCUUUAUCGUGAGAUUGUGUUAGAAGAUCUCCCGCUUACUCUCCGCGAUGCCGUUUAUGAGGAGACAGACAAUGCCGAUCAAAAGAGAGAAUCCGAUAAAGAUCAAGAACUUCGAAAGAUGGCUGGUAUCUUCAGUGGCACAGUCCUUAUUAUUGCUGCCUCUUGCGCAUCAUCAGCCGACGAGGAUUUUCUCCAAGAUCGUCAACAGUACGAACCAGCAAUCAGCAUCCCUGUAUGCGUCAAUGGGAUCUACGAUAUGGCCCAGUUAGUUUUACAACGUGAGGACAUCGACGAGUCGCUGGAAGUAGAGCCGAUCGAUGGUAGAGCGUGGACAUUUCAGGAGCAAUUGCUUUCAUCACGAAUGUUGAGCUUCACAAAACAAACUAUGCAAUGGCAUUGUCAGUUCUGGGACUGUAACAUCUCCCAGGAUGAAUUCCAUCUUCUUUCUAGUCCUGCUGACUACUUAGCUGCUUACGAUGAAGGUACUUGGGUAGAGCUAGUCCAGGAGUAUUGUCACCGUGAUUUGAGUAACUUGGAAGAUAGACCUAUUGCCAUUGCCGUGGUGGCCGAGACAUUUGCCACUAAUACACCCAAUGUCACAGCGUCGGACUUUGUAGCCGGCCUGUGGAAAAAUAACAUUCUGGAGGAAUUGCUGUGGUUCCCCAAUAGACAAGGUCCCAGGCGCGGUCCUUCUUGGUCUUGGACUUCAAUCCCAGAGAUGAUCGGUUAUUGUUGGGGAGUCGAGUUUGAGCCCACAGCUUCUUUAAUUGGUAUAGAUAUCGAUCUCGCGGAUCCCCAUUUCGUUUUCGGCGAUGUGAAAAGAGGCAGAAUGCGUCUCAGAGAAAUCAUCUCGCGCCACCACACUGAACGCAUGCUGCCACCGCGCCCCGAUUGGACGACGUUUGACGACAGUUGCCCGCGACUACAUGUAGACCGUCAUAAAACAUCCAUGGAAGUCUUUCUUCUGGAGUUGGGCAUUCAACAUGACCCGACGAGGCCGAACAAAAGUGUUGGUUUAGCGCUUCAAUCGACCAGAGAGAUGGAUCAGUUCGUGAGAAUCGGGAUAUAUACUGAAGAUGAUGAUAAACACUGUCGUGGCUAUUGUAUGGCUUGUCAAGAGAAUGGCCCAAAAGAAGAAAGAACAGUAGAAAUUAUGUAG